CGUGCCGUUUUCUUGAACACACAUUUGUUAGAUUAACGCUAUUUAUUCGAUGAUACCUUGUUUUAAGACUCUUGCGCCAACACCGAGUUAUCGUACAAAUGUUAUAAGGGUCGCAUACUAAUGCUGUCAACUGUAAAUAGCGUAUCGGAACUUAAUUUGCGCCUGAGCUCCCGACGUCGCAAGACGAAGAAAAUCGCUCCUCGACAUGUCUUUCUCGUUUAAGUUUGAUAUACCAGAUGCUGAAGACGCGGACCUUGAACAAAGCGAGCCGACUGAUUCAGAGUGCAAACACUUGACCAAGCCUGUUGCACCUUAUGAGGAGGUCGUGCCGAGCCACGAGCUUGAAAACCUCCAUGAAAGUUUGGAGAAAAGCGUGUUGGACUUGACAUCUAUCAAGGUUACAUUCCUAGUUGGUGGCCAAAUGGAAAGUCUCCUCAAAGGUGAAGUUCUUGAGGCGGCUGAAGGAAAUCUUGACAUAAUUCCCAGUGUUUACGAAGGUGGUAUGAAGGUUUGGGAAUGCUCCAUUGAUUUGGCGGAGUACAUUGAAAAUCAUCUGAGCAUUGAUGAUGAAAGCAAAGUACUUGAGCUUGGUUGUGGUGCUGGCCUUCCAGGCCUUUUGGCCUGCCUCAAGGGGGCUUUCGUAGACUUCCAAGACUAUAACAAGCAGGUGCUGGAACUGAUCACUAUACCCAAUGCCUUUUCCAACAUUGGCACUCGGGUGAAGAAAAGGUGUCAUUUCUAUGCAGGCGAUUGGAGUGCAUUAGCAGACAACAUUGCACCUUCCAAAUAUGAUUUCAUUUUGACAAGCGAAACAAUUUACAACACCACCAGUUACCCAUCCUUGAUUGCAGUGCUGAAGAAGGCAAUCAAGCGCACUGGUAUUGUUCUUGUUGCUGCAAAGACUUGCUACUUUGGAGUUGGAGGUGGCACAAGAUUGUUCGAAGACGCUUUGGCUGUAGAUGGAUUUUUCAGGUCACGUGUUGUUUUCACCACGGACUCUGGUGUGCAACGAGAAAUUUUGGAAUUGCGUGUUGCACCUCUACCUUGACAUUGUCCACAGGUAUGCAAUAAACUGUCUUGUGCAGAGCAUCCUUUAAUGUC